GAGGGAGAAGGAGAGAGAGAAGGAGGGAUAGUGAAUACCUUAUACAGUAUGUAUUCUUAAGAAAGAGCAAUAGGAAAAUAAAAACAGAGACGAGAGAGAAGGGGGAGAGAGAGAGCGAGAGAGAGACAGCUGAGUGGGAGGGAAAGAAAGAGAGUGUUAGAUAAGGGUUAGGGGCUGUUUAUAUAUUUUACUGAUGGGAGAGAUAGAUAGAUAGAUAGAUAGAUAGAUAGAUAGAUAGAUAGAUAGAUAGAUAGAUAGAUAGAUAGAUAGAUAGGAAGGGAGAGAGAGAACUGGGAAGAAAAGGCUCUUAUUUGUAUUACUGCCGAAUAAACAAACAGACACACAGACACACAGACGUGCACACGCAGAGCGACAGACACUAAAAUCAACAGAGGCAGGACGAGAGAGAGGGCUGUUUUUAUUACCGACUGAGGCUCAGACAGACUGACAGACAGACAGACAGACAGUAGACAGGCAUACUAAAACCAAAACACAGACAGUCAAGACCCAGAGAGAGAGAGAGACAGACAGAGAUAGAGAGAAGGGGUGUUUGUGCUUGGCUCGUUUUCCGUGUUUCCUCAAAGCCCCCCUCCCCUCUACUACCCUCUCCACCCCGCCCCCUCCUCAUCCCUCGCUGGAGCACAGAAGAAGACAAGAAGAGAAGAAUGUCAGGCCUGGGUUUAGGAAUAUUAUCACUAACCAAUCGGAUAUUACUUGGCUGCUAAGAAAGGACAGGACCACACUCACCUCAACACAACCAUGGGCUGCAUAGGAUCCCGGACAAUCUCAUCGGAGGCUGUGCAGGUGGGCAAGAAAGAAGGCGAGCAGAAUACCCGCACAGAGCUCUCCUGGGAUGGUAUCAAUAUCUCAAUGGAGGACACGACCUCCAUUCUCCCCAGGCUGAAACGGAACUCAAACGCCUAUGGGAUCGGAGCGCUGGCUAAAUCAUCACUAUCAGCGGGCGUGUCCCGCAGUGUGAAGGAUCACAUCACCAAGCCCACGGCCAUGGCUCAGGGACGCGUGGCACACAUGAUCGAGUGGCAGAGCUGGGGCAAGCCCUCCGCUGGCCCCGGGGUGAUCAGACCAGCCGCCCGGGAGAGAGAGAGGAGGUUGGAGAACGACGCCUAUUCAGACCUCAGCGAAUCAGAGAAGGAAGCCAGAUUCGCAGCUGGUGUAAUGCAACAGUUUGCGAUCUCUGAGGCGACUCUGCUGGCCUGGACUUCGAUGGACGUGGACAGCAUGAGCGCGGGGUCAAACCAGGGCAGCGUGGCUCAUCUGAGCGAGGUCAACCAGGAGUCAGUCACCAGCAGAGAUCAGAUCCUACGCCACUCCUCAGUGGACGGCUGGCCGCACACCUAUGUAUCUCAGGGUCUGUACUGUCUCAGCUCAUCUGAUGCCUGGGAGCCAAUGAGCAACGAGCAGUCCAACAUGGCCUCUCCUGCUGCUGGCUCCUACGUGAUGGGGGGCGGGGCUUCACAGAACCACGAUGAAAACUCUGCCUACUUCCACCAACACCUACAGCAGAUGCAGCCGAAUGAACACAGAAUAAACCACACCCAGUCUGCUCAACAAACCCCGAACAGCACAAUCCACGGGCAGCAGGCUCCGCCCACUCACACACCACUGGUGGAUCUGUGGGGGGCAGGCCAGGGAUGUGUCCAUUACACCGAGGUGGGCGGGUAUGUGGGUGUGUCCGCUGAAGAAGGCGGUGUGACCACAGGGGAGGAGCCUGCAGUGGAAAAUGCACCAUUAUUGAACAAGCAAGCUUCACAGGAGGAUGAGGACGACGCUCUGUGUAGAGAUCUGGAGUCCCUGUCUCCACCCAGAGAGGAAGCUGUCACCGUGGGCAACAACAGCACCAACGAGACCAUCCUGCCCCGGAAGAUCUCUGAUGUCACUUCCUCCGGAGUACAGUCUUUGGAUGAGGAAGACGGAGAGACCAGCAACAUCUGAAAGGACUGGCCUCCAUACCCAGCAUUAAGUGAUUCAUUGGAAGUUGUUGGUCAAACAGCUUUGUGAAAAAGCAACAACAAAAAAAUAAACCCACAAACAAACUAACUUUAAUUUGUAAAAAAUACAUGUAAAAACAUUUUGGAAAAUGGCCAAGCAUGCUAAAGGGCCUUUUUACAAAUCAAUGGAAUUACGCUCGUAAAAUGGGAGAAGAAGGAUCCAGAAAAUGCAGACAGGAGUUUGGAAAAUUUGAAAUGUCCCAGAAAAAGGAAGAGGAAAUAAGGAGUCAAAAGCCAAGAAAGGUCCUCGAUUCUUGAAAAACACAGAAGUCAUGCUGAGGUUUUACAAACAAACUCUGGAGCCAAUUGAAUUGUAUUUUAAUGUUUUACAUGGUGUAAUUAUGCACUUCAUAAUUACAGUAUCUAUAGAUGUUAGUUCUGUUUAAUUGUGUAAAAUCUAAAGACAUAAAAUAAAAUUAAUGCUAUUUUUAUUGUAAUAUAGAGCUUUACCAAAUUAUUCAGUAAAUGCUUUGUAUUCUACCAAAUGGAAAAUCUAAUUAAUACAUAAAAAUGACAUUUUCACUUAACGACCACUAAGGAGGUUUGUAACAGUAAUAAAGAGUACCUGGAUUGAAACUGCAUUUUCUUACAUUUUUAACCUGUUCUGAGUGCUUCUCACAGCAAUUCAAAUAUUGCAUUUUUCAAAAUAUUUGAUCGGUCUGUGCUUUGAUUGAGUUCAGAAGCUGCUUGUUUCCUGCCAUAGACAUCAUGUAGGCUAGAUCAUCCAAAGUGUCUUUAUUAGUAAACAGCAGCACCAUCUAGUGCACAGCAGUGUAUUACCAACAAAAUAAAUGGAAACUAGAUCCAAAGUGAUAGAUCACUAAUGGUGCCGGCUCUUGUAUAAAGACACUUGGACUGGUCUAGCUUAUUUUAUGUAUAUAGCAGGCAAUGAGAACUGAAGAGCAGCUCCUGAAAUCAGAUGAAAACAUUAAAACUCAGACUUAGAACAAAAUAUAUUAAAAAAAAAACACAUCAUUUGAGUAAUUGCAAUAAGACCCACGUAGAAUGAUGGCCAACAUCAAAAAUGCAUUAAAAAAUAAUUGAACUAGAAGCUUCAGACUUCUAAUCUGUAAUGACCUGAUAUUUACAAAACAAGGUUCAGAAGUCUAUUUAUAAUGACCAAGACCAAUACAAUUUACUGCAGAUUAAGGCUUUUUUUUUUUUUACUGGGCAGUUUUUGGAGCAAGAGAUCAAUCAACAAUUAACAUAUCGGAAUAAAAUGUUUUUGGUAAGUUUCAAAUUUCAAAUUUUUCAAUUCUGGAAUGUUUUCAAACAUUGAAGUUAAAUUAUAUGGGAUAAUUUGAAUUUUGGAGCAAAAUGUCAUUGGAGUGUACUUUAUUUGGACGAUACCACAACUGAACAAUUUUUUUUGUGUGGAAAUGUGAAGUUUGGUGGAAAGUAUUGAUGGAUGUUUAGAAAUUUGGAAGACUCUGGAAAUGUAAUCUGGGGCAUGUUGAAUUUUGGAGCAAAGUAUUUUAGGCAUUUUGGAUUAAAAUAUUGAUGGGAAGUUCUGAAUUCUAGAAAUGAACUUUGUUGAAAAGCUUCAGCUUUGGAGAAGAAAACCUAUUGUCGGGACCAUUUGAACUUUGGAACAAACUUGAACACUUGACAAAACUCAAGUAAACUAUGAUCCUGUACGUUGACCAAUUUGUAGAUCAAAACUACAAGCGUUGUGGGUCGACAGUUACAAUUCUUGCAUGGAAUACUUCCAAUAUUCUUCUUCAUUCUGUGAAAAAAAAACUGGUAAGAGUGAAAUGUGUGUUAAGUUGUCUAAAAAAAAGGGAAAUGAAAAGUACUCUCUGGAAUGUGUGUUUUUGUUUUUGUUUUUUUAAACUCUGCAUGGACAAUGUCGUCAGCUAUUUUAAAAAUCAGCACUGCAUCAUGGGUAAUGCUUGAAACUGUGUUUAUUGCCAGGAAAAACAUCUUGGUAACGCUUUAUAUUACAUUACAUUAAUAAGUAUUUAGUUGAUAUGCAAUUACACCAUUAGACGGCCAUUCCAGUUCUUUGCUCAUAGCCCAUAUAUAUGUUGUCAUGUUGUCACUAUUGCAUAUCAAUUAAAUUCUUAUCAUUGAAAAUAAAGCGUUACUGAAGUUUCAUUUCAUCAAUGAGUAAAUCCUCUGAAAAAGGUACACAUAAAUUAUAUUGAUUAAUUUACAAAGUUAUUUUAUUUUAUUAUUUUAUUAUUUUUGUAUUAAUAGAUUUUGUUUUGUAUUCUAUUUAUUUUUUGUUCUAGCUAAUGAAUUACUUUUCCAAGUCUUACCUGAGAACUACAUAGCAACUAGAAGUACACUAGAGAGAAGAUUUAGGGAAUUACUUCAUUUAAAUGUAUCUUUUUAUCACAAGAGUAAGGGAGAUGAAAAAUAAAUAGUAACAUUGCAUUUGUACUUUAAUAUUCUGCCCAGCAUCAAGUCUAAUGUAUUAGUGUUUGUUUUUUAAACUUGAAUCUAAUUAGUGACUGAGAAGCAAAGCAAUGGAUUUCACCCAGUGUACAGGAGAGCUUUCUAGCUGUGUUGUGGUGCAGCAGUCAAAUGGACCUCCCUUCCUUUCUUUUAAUUUUUACAUUUGGAAAUUGAACAAGCAAUGUAAGGAUGGGGACCCUUUUAAUUGUUAAACCAACCACAGCACCAAUGAUAAAUGCAUGUGUGUCAAUCAGUUGAGUUAUUGAUCAGUCAUUAACUAGAUUUAGAAUCCUUUUCAAAUAUAUUGCACUUCAGGCAGGGCAAGAUUGAUUUCAGGUAAUCAUUUCUUGAUUACUUUUACUAGGAAUAUACAAGUACAAACCAAUCAAAUCUAUUCUUACCUCAUAUUAACCUCACUAGCCCCCUUUUAUUGCGCUGAGAAUCUUACAGCGUUAGUUUGGGAAAUGUAAGUAUGUCAAACGCUUCAUAGAAUACUGCAGCAUCCUGGUUCGCUGUCAGUCACAUGGUCUGAUAGCAGCUCGACCAUUGUAGUGAGUUUUAACUAUGCACAGGAAGUGAUCAGGUACCAGUAAAAAACAGCAACUUUUCAUCUAUAGAGUUGUCUUUGAAAUAAUGGGUGCAUUCACAGAGAUCAUUCUGCACAGAAUCUGACCAAUUUAACCAAUAAUCUUCUAAGAAUGAUCUCCGGGAAUGCA